GGUUGUUGGCUCCUGCGAGGAAGGGGCGGUUGGCGGGGCCUCCAUUGUUCAAGACUUUGGGAACCAUGAGGGGUGAUAGAGGCAGAGGCCGUGGAGGGCGAUUUGGCUCCAGGGGAGGACCCGGAGGAGGGUUCAGGCCAUUUGUGCCACACAUCCCAUUUGAUUUCUAUGUGUGUGAAAUGGCCUUCCCUCGAGUCAAACCUGCACCUGAUGAAACCACUUUCAGUGAGGCCUUGCUGAAGAGGAAUCAGGACCUUGCUCCCAACUCUGCUGAACAGGCAUCCAUACUUUCUCUGGUAACAAAAAUCAACAACGUGAUUGAUAACCUCAUUGUGGCUCCAGGAACCUUUGAAGUGCAAAUUGAAGAGGUCCGGCAAGUGGGAUCUUACAAGAAAGGGACAAUGACCACAGGUCAUAAUGUGGCUGACCUGGUAGUGAUCCUGAAGAUCCUGCCAACAUUGGAAGCUGUUGCAGCCUUGGGGAACAAAGUGGUGGAAAGUCUUAGAGCACAGGAUCCUGCUGAAGUUUUGACUAUGCUGACCAAUGAAACUGGCUUUGAGAUCAGCUCUGCUGAUGCCACGGUGAAGAUCCUCAUUACAACAGUGCCACCUAAUCUUCGAAAGCUGGACCCAGAACUACAUUUGGACAUCAAAGUUCUUCAGAGUGCCCUGGCAGCCAUUCGGCAUGCUCGAUGGUUUGAAGAGAAUGCUUCUCAGUCUACGGUGAAAGUUCUCAUCCGUCUACUGAAGGACUUGAGGAUUCGGUUCCCUGGAUUUGAACCUCUCACACCUUGGAUCCUAGACCUUUUGGGCCACUAUGCUGUGAUGAAUAACCCUACCAGACAGCCCUUGGCCCUCAAUGUGGCUUACAGGCGAUGCCUUCAGAUUUUGGCUGCAGGGUUGUUUCUUCCUGGUUCUGUAGGAAUUACUGAUCCCUGUGAAAGUGGUAACUUCCGAGUACACACAGUCAUGACCUUGGAACAACAGGACAUGGUCUGCUAUACAGCUCAGACGUUGGUUCGGAUCCUAUCCCAUGGAGGUUAUAGGAAGAUCCUUGGCCAGGAGGGUGAUGCCAGUUAUCUUGCCUCAGAAAUGUCUACCUGGGAUGGAGUGAUAGUGACACCUUCUGAAAAAGCUUAUGAGAAGCCUCCAGAAAAGAAGGAAGGUGAGGAAGAAGAGGAGAAUGCAGAGGAGCCACCUCAAGGAGAGGAAGAAGAGAGCAUGGAGACCCAAGAGUGAUUCUGAUUUGUUUUCUCAGCUGCCAAAGGCAACAGGCUUCCUUUGUGGACCCUGGGUAGUGGCAUGUAUGGGGAUGAGGGGAUGGUAGGAAGGAAAAAUAAGGCUGACAACCCCUGGAAGCUGUGGAGAAAGAAGCAUUGGCUUGUAGGUGAUUUGAUGCUCCCCUGACUCAGCUACAGGAAUCUCACAUUUGUGGCCUGGGCCACAAAGGAAGGCAUCAGCCUUCCUGUGCUUUCUUCUUUUAUAGAUUUACACACAUACCCCCAUAGCCCUCCACAGAACAACCAACUCUGGAAACCCAACUAAGACCAAAAUCAUCCAGGUUUUUUUUGUUAUUGUUGAAAUUAUUGUGAACUGUUAGUGUCUGAAAGUUGUCUUUUUUUUCUAGACACUUAUUAAAAGUAUUUCCUUGUAA